AUGUUUAAGAAGGCACAAUGGAUGAGACUGAAGCUUUGUGCUCUUUAUAAUAACUCAUUACAUGAAAGGAAAAACGGAGGGAAUUUCCCUAAAGGAAAAUUGAAAAGUCGAAGCUUAAAUUCUCGUCGUGGUAUGGGCAGGGUUUUAAACAUUUCAAUGUUGUUCAUGCAAUCACAAACGAUGACUUUAAUAAAAUUGAACAUUCAAACAUCUCUUUGCCCUUACAUUCAGUCUGAAGUUAACGAAGAAGUGAAUGAGUGCAAUUGA